UCUGGGGCCGCGGGGGCCGCUGGGAGAGCUGGUAGCAGCGGGUCCGAUGCGGGGUGACCGUAGGAGACCCCGGAAACUGCGUCACUGGCGGCGGCGCCUCAUCAGUAUGCAGCCUUAUUAGCAUAAUGAGCUGAGGCCGGCGAGUAGAGCCCGGUAUACCGUGCGUGGGGCCCCGGGGAGUGUCCUUACUGUACUCUAUAGAGCCAGAGUGAAGGCCUGGACGGGAUGGGAGACAGCCGGGUGUGCCAGAGCCCUGACACUUCAUCUCUCAGCCCACCCUUGGGUCGUUCACUCAGCGGCACCCCUCCUCCUCCUUCUGCUCCCCUGCACCCUUCAAUGAUUGGAUCUGCAAUGACCUCGUCUGUGAAUUCUCCCCUUGGGAGUCUGGGCUCUCCUUUCCCUGUUAUAAACUGUUCUGUGGGUUCACCUGGUAUACCAGGUACACCAUCUAUAGGAUAUGGGCCAGUCAGCAGUCCGCAGAUAAAUUCCACAGUAAACCUUUCUGGUCUACAUAAUGUUAGCUCUUCAGAAGAUGUGAAGCCUCCACUGGGCAUGAGAGGAAUGCCAGGUCAUCCCAAUGGAGGGGCAGUCAGUGGGAAGCGUCUGUGUGCGAUAUGUGGGGACCGCUCAUCAGGGAAGCAUUAUGGCGUUUAUAGUUGUGAGGGCUGCAAGGGAUUCUUCAAACGUACAAUCCGGAAGGACCUGACCUAUACUUGUCGAGACAACAAGGACUGUGUAGUAGACAAGAGGCAGAGAAAUCGCUGCCAAUACUGCAGAUAUCAGAAGUGCCUCGCUACCGGCAUGAAAAGAGAGGCUAUUUAUGUUCCAGCCGUGCAAGAGGAACGACAGAGGGGACGGGAACGUGAAGGAGAGGCGGAAUAUAGUGGGGCUAUUAAUGAAGAGAUGCCUGUUGAGAAAAUCUUGGAGGCAGAGCUAGCAGUGGAACAGAAGAGCGACCAGAGCCUAGAGGGUGGAGGAUCACCCAGUGAUCCAGUUACCAACAUCUGUCAAGCUGCAGACAAACAACUAUUCACUCUUGUCGAAUGGGCCAAGAGAAUCCCUCACUUCUCUGAGCUGCUGCUGGAUGAUCAGGUUAUUCUACUUAGAGCUGGAUGGAACGAACUUCUCAUAGCUUCCUUCUCUCACCGCUCCAUCUCUGUCAAAGAUGGGAUUCUUCUGGCUACUGGUCUGCAUGUUCAUCGCAACAGUGCACACAGCGCUGGGGUUGGAGCCAUUUUUGACCGGGUCCUGACUGAACUUGUAUCUAAGAUGAGAGACAUGCGCAUGGAUAAAACUGAGCUGGGUUGUCUGCGAGCAAUCAUUUUGUUUAAUCCAGAUGCCAAGGGGUUGUCUAAUCCAGGAGAUGUGGAGGUUUUGAGAGAGAAGGUUUAUGCAUCAUUGGAAUCCUAUUGCAAACAGAAAUACCCAGACCAGCAGGGGAGGUUUGCGAAGUUGCUCCUCCGUCUCCCUGCCCUGCGGUCCAUCGGUCUCAAAUGCCUAGAGCAUCUCUUCUUCUUCAAACUUAUUGGAGACACUCCAAUUGACACCUUUUUGAUGGAGAUGUUGGAGGCACCUCACCAGCUAUCCUGAGAGACCGCUUGAGUCAACUAAAAACUGUUUCUCCACCCUCAAGGACAAAUCCUGGAUCACACACUCCUGUAGACCGCCUCCUUAUGGGGAUGUUAGAUUGAACAGAGCAGAUGCCUAGACACAACCCCUUCAAUUCUCUGAGGCAUUUCUUUAUAAACCCUCUUAAGCUUUCUUAUAAAGAUGGAAGGUGCACUCUUGCAGGCACAGCGAUGAUUGUCCAAAACUGUUUAGAUGGCGGCCUCCACCGAUCAAGACAUGGCUUCCAUUUUUAAAAUCUGACGUGGGCGAGAGAUAUAUUGUUUCAUUUUGAGAGAAACUCCUAUGCAAUAUCCAUGAAUCUGAUCCAGGGGCUGAGGCUAUGUUUAAGGAGACAAUUGACCUUGCUGGAUGUAUCCAGAGAGCUCCCUCCAUCUAUAGAUGCAUACACACUUUUGCCAUGUUUGCCUGCCUUCAAGAUAAAAUUUGGGAAAUAGGAAAACUCUUCUGAGAGGGUUGGACUUUAUGAAGGAGAGCAAUAUGUAUCUAUUGGCAGGCAAAACAAGUUUGUUGUGAGAUGAGCUGGGAAGAGACUGCUCAAGCAGCCAUGCAAGAGAGCAUGUUAAACUGUGGGAUGUAUAAGGGGAGCUGGUGGGUAGGCUUCUGAAUUUUGAUUUACAUGUAAUGAGUCCUAUUUAAUCAGUGGACAUUAUUAAUGGGGUGAUUUUCUUUCCCAUUCUCCCUGAUUUUGUGGUGCCCUAUUUAAUUACUGCACUUGUUUAACGAAAAGAAAAAAAAAAAAAGCUGUAGAGUUCAUUGUAAUCAGAACAGAGAACUCUAAAUCUCUUGGGUACACUCAUUAACCUCUUUGGGGUUUGGACUGUUCCGCUUUUUUGGGGUGCCUUGAAGAAAAAUAGGGUCCUCUCAGCCCUAUUGUUCUCUAGGGGGGUGAGGGUGACCGUAGGCUUGGGAUGACUGCCUUUUUCCCCUUGUUUUGCUCUGUUUUAAUAAGAUUUUGGUUUUAUUGGAACAGUGAACGUAUUGCACAGAAUUUGCGUACUGGAGGGAAUAUGUGUACACCUCCCUCCGUUUUAAUGUUUUCUGCCAGUGGUCUCAGAUUGUGUGGGUUUUUAUGCCUGCUGAAUGUGAUGUUGCAAAAAACGGUUUCAUCAAGCCUUUCCCUUCAAAUUUUAAAUGGGGUGUCUCUUUAUGGUGAGGUUUUUUGUGGGUGUUAAAAUCCAUACCCGCACACCCCAGAUAAAUUUCUGCUGCUAGAACUGUUUAAAAUGUCUGCCUACCACCUUCUCCUCUGAUUCUCUGUCAUGAUCAUUAAAGUAGGUGAUGGGUAAAGUCUUCUUCAAACUCCCCACCCCAUCCCUUUGACCUCUUUCCCAUUUACCAAUCUACAAUGUGUUUGUUUUUUGUUUUUUAUGUAUCACAUUUUGCCCCUUUCUGUAUAAAUCCCAAUGCCAUAUGCCUAACAAAUGGAGAGCACUGCAUCAGCACCUGGCUCACCCUCACCUGGCUAAGUACACUGCGGGGGAAGCACCUUGUGGGAAGGGUUUCAGACCCCUUCCACACCCUGACUCCCGCUGCCCCGUCCCAUUAUCUGCGUUCCUUCAUUAUUCCCGUUGCUUGGAAUGAACAUUAAAGAGAAUUUAGCUCAA